GUUUAAUGUCCACGAACUCAUGUUCGUUCGUUCGUUGCAUCACGGUAUCACAUGCACUUGUAUCUGCAGUGCCAUCCCGCUGUGUUCUGAGAGUAUAAAAGGCCUCAGUCUGGUUACCCGCAGUCAGUCCAGAGACCACCCUCUCGACUCCCUCCCUGCCUGCAGUCCCUGCUCCUCAGCCAUGCUGCGCCUCACCGCCUGCUGCCUCCUGUUGGCCUGCGCUGUCUACCUCAGCAGCUCCGCUGUGAUCAUGGAGAACGGCGCUCCCAUCCUCUGGGGUCAAACGGCCGGCCAAGUGACCGACCUGCCCAUCCAGAAUGGCAUGUACAACCCCGAUCCGUGGAACUUCCUGCAGCGCCUGAGCAUGUACCGCCUGAUGAUCACAGCCACUGAUCCUCUGAUGGGAUACAUGGGCACAUCGGCCACUGAGAAUCCCAUGUGGGGACUGCCGCUGCAGCUGGUGUGGAUGCUCACCUCAGGGCGCCUGACUGACCCAACCGGUGCUACAACUUGUGGCCUGCAAACUGGUGAUCCCAUGUGUGUUUCCACCUCAAGCUGGUGGGGGUGCGUGAGCUACUUUGUCUCGGCCAUGCCCUUCCUGUCUGCUGCAAAGAACGAUUUCUUCGGAGAAGGAGUCCAGGUGGUGCUGCAGGUUCCUGCCGGCGUCACUGAGUUCUGCACCACUUAUGAUGACUGCAAAUCUCGCUAUCCCGACGUCAUGGCCAAGUGGGACGCCUUUUUCCAGGGACUGAAGAAUUCAGACAAAUCUCCUUUGCCCGACAACGAGAAGAAGGACGCCAUCCUCGGCCUGUACUGGGAGGCCCAGAUGGCUUCCACCUAUGCCUCUGCUGCAUGCAGCGCCAAGAAGAGCCACUACACCUCCACUGAGAUGUCCUUCGCCUCAAGCUGGCUCAACUCCGCCGAGUACGUGUCUGCCGCUCGCUUCCAGUCCAGCUUGGAGAGAUCUGAGAAGUUCAUCACCCCCCUCCCUGGCAGAAUUCUGAAGGAUGGAGAUUCCGCCCCAAACAUCGCCGACCUGAGUGCAGAUGAGAACCACACUCUCAAUGUCUUCACCUGGAUGAAGAACAUGAACACCAUUAUGGGUGGAGGACUGGUGAACAUGUGGCGCAGCGCCAUGUGCUCCGUGGUGACCAGAGAGAAAGGCAGAGAGGUGCUGGAGCAACUUCUUCUCGAUCCGGCUUUCGCCACAGGCACUGUGUUGUCCAUCAUCACUUCUAUGGCAACAAGCUGCUGA